GACACGCAUCUUCAGGCAGAAGCCCCGGUGCGUUCUACAGGCUAGGAACCCAGGAGUGCUCUCCUCCCUCCUACCCUUGCUGAGAGUGAACUGCCGUACGAAACUGGAGUGACUGGCUCGGAAGACACAUCUCCUGUAGAGUGCCUUUCUUUCCACCCGCCCGCCCGCCCUUUGGGUCUCGGGACUGGGGCAGUAGGCGUGCGGAUCGGAUGGACUUGUGCGCAGGUUGGGGAGUCCCGUGGAGGUCCUGCGGCCACCCGGGAGGUCCCGAAAGUCAGCUGCAGUGAAGACGCGAGAGCUGAUCCAACCUGUGCUGCUGGUCGCGGGCAAAGGCGGGGAAAAGGGGGAGGGGGGGUCCUGCUGGAGAAAAUCAGAAGCUCGCGACCAUGGUCCCCGAAUUGUGGUUGCUCUUGUGUCUUGGAGCCUGCACAUCUGGAAUACAGCAUUGGGACGGGGCUGCUCUCCAGGGCCGGCGGAACAGCUCAGGCCGACUGCAGUGGGAAUCCCAGUGUCAGUACCAACUGCGCCAUCUUCAGGACGGAGCCAGAAUUACGGCGCUGCUACCUCCAAGGCUGGAGGGUCACUGGAUCUCCACAAGCUGUGAAGUCCGUCCAGGGCCAGAGUUCCUCACCAGGUCAUACAUGUUCUACUCAAACCGCCUGUUUAAAGCAUACCAGUUCUACUACCAGGACCCUUCCUGCCGGGAACCCUUGUACUCCCUGCUCAUCAAAGGCAAGCUCCGCCUUCGCCAGGCAUCCUGGAUAACACGAGGGGCCACAGAAGCCAACUACCACCUGCAUAAGGUUGGCAUUGUCUUCCAUAGCCAGAGCGCUAUUAUGGAGGUAGCAGAACGCAUCAAUCAGACAGGUGGCAGAGGCUGUGGUAAAUUACUUCCCCCUGGGAGGUCCUGGACUCCAGGGACUGUCUAUGAACUCCUGAGUGCCAAGGCAGAAAGGGACUGCACUGGGGCCCUGGGCUUUGCCAUGCAUGAACUCAGCCUGAUCCGGGUUGAAAGGCACUACAAGAUGCAGCAGAUGCCAGGCAAUAGGGUGGUGGAGGAGCUCUAUCUGGGUGACAUCCACACGGAAUGGUCGGAAAGACUUCACUACAGACCCACUGGAUAUCAACGCCCACUCCAGAGUGCCAUGCAUCACUCGCACCCAUGCCCAGCUUGUGGAAUCAUCUACCGUUCGGAUGAACACCAUCCCCCAAUCCUACCCCACAAGGCAAUGCUGCCCCUGAGACUCAGUGGCAGGUGGGCCAGCAUGAGGUGUGAGGUCCGACCUGCCGUACUCUUCCUCACCAGAUCCUUCACCUUCCAUGGGAGUAACCGGACCUGGGAAGGCUAUUAUCACCACUACUCUGACCCUGCUUGCCGACAGCCCACGUUCACUGUGUAUGCCUUUGGGCAUUACAACAAGGGCACCCUGUCUACCAGGGUCAGAGGGGGCACGGAGCUAACGUUCAAGGUCACCCAGGCCCGUGUGACACCAAUGGAUCAGGUCACCGUGGCGAUGCUGAACUUCUCGCACCCAGGGAGCUGUGGGGAUGCAGGGGCCUGGUCCCUUGGAAUCGAGCAGGAUGUCACACCAACCAACGGGUGCUUGCCACUAGGCAUCAAGCUCCCUCAUGUGGAGUUUGAACUUUUUAAAAUUGAACAAGACAUAAGAGGCCAAAGCUUGUUGUUUAUUGGAGAGAGGCCCACCGAUGGCUCAAACCCAGAUAUCCCAGAGAAACGUCCCACUUCCUAUCAGGACCCUCUGGUCCAGUGUGCUGGAUCAUCCGGAGGCUUUUCAAGACAAAUUCAUCACAGUCACCAGCCAGAAAAAUAUAGGAGUAGCAGGAACAGAUCAUCAAAAGUAUACUCUAUGAGCAGUCUACUUCUGAUCACAGCCCCGACAUUUUUAAGGUGGGGCCUAAAUGGAUCAGAUUGAUGACUCCCAAAGCAGGAAGGAAUUCCCUCCAGAGUCUGAGACCUAUCUCCAGGCACAUUUCCAAGAUCAGCACCUUCUUUUCUAAUUCCUGAGACUGUAUAUGCUUUAACACAGACAGAGGAAGGGUGGUAUUCUUGAGACUAGACUCAGCAUAUAAAUACCCACUUCCAAGUUACUGACUAAUGCUGAUUCAGUUGAACUCAGCAGUUCAUACUCAAGCUGGUGACAUGAAUUAAAGAUGCUGCCUUGAGCUUUUAGUGGCCUGUAUUCAGAGGCAACCUCAGCCUCCCAAAAUGCUAAAUGCUGGAAUUUCUGUGCUUCUCAAAUUCAGAAUUUUCAGCCCAACGAUUUCCAGUCUUCCAGGACUUCUGUUUAUGAGGCAGGAUUCCAUCUAAAGGGUACUCCCAUUGGCCUCAUCCAAACCUAAGGGACUCAAAGAUGUCUUAAGACAUCAGGUUAACCCCCACACCACCACUUCCAGAUCAUACAGAGGCAAAUUUACUGUUAGCUCAUUUCAAUCCCCAUGGCAUUUUUUUAGCCACUGGAUAGCCAAAGAACUCAUCUGGAUCCACAGCAUAUAGUUUUCUUCUUUCUUUAAUAGAAAAUUCCCAGGUCUUUAAAUACUAAUGAGAGGAAACAUCAUGGAUAUCUUAUGAAUGGAUGGUUUUAGAUCCAUUUUACAAAUAGGUAAAUGGCAAAAUCUAGAAAAUGAGUUGUUCUUUUAUUCCUUAGCUAUUUAUAACCAGAACCCCAGAUGGAUGGGGCUAUUUCUAGGGUUCUUAACUUUUUUUCUGUGUCAUGGGACCCUUCUCAGAAAGAUGUUCGUAAAUGCAUAAAACAAAACAUGUAGGAUUAAAAAGGAAACCAAUUAUAGUAAAAUUGUUAUUUAAAUAUUUUUUAAAAGCCAACAGAUGGGGGCAGCUAGGUAGCACAGUGGAUAAGGCAU